AUGUCUCUGCCUGAGAGGCCUGGGGCUAGCCCCAGCUACGAUCGCCGAACGAGCUAUCGAAGUCCGCCGGCAUCGCGACGAGCACGACCCAUGGAUGUCGAAACCGGCGCAUACGAACCUUCAGUUGCCGGUCAUCAUCGUGGGAAAUCCGUCUCCUCAUAUGCCGAAACUAUUUCGAACUCUAAUGUGAAUACAGAGAGCACUCCUCUGUCCCCUACGGAGAUGUCGGGCAGAACUCCUGACCCUGCCUUCACCCGCAAGAGAAGCCUGAUCAGGCCGGAGAGGAACCGCAUCGACAGAGACCACAGGAACUACCACUAUCACCGCCAUGCCGCUAAUAUGACUGUCCUGCCCUCGUCCACUGGAAAUGACCCUCUGUUGGAAAAUUUGGCUGGGUCGACAGAACGAUCUGCCAAUACCGAAAGUGUCACCGAUGAGACUCCACGCCCGUCUCGUAGCCGAACCGCCAGCGGAGACCACGAAAAGAAUGCCACCACAACCCAGCAGCGCCGCGUGUCGGGGAAGAUCACAAAGGAAAAAAGCAAGCGAUCUUCGAAACACAAGACCAAGCAGAUAGAGGAGCUGCGGCCGCCCAGCUUUUGGAAUGUUUACUGCGCCAUUGUGACCUUCUGGUGCCCUGAUUUUAUCCUCGGAUGCUGCAAACCGACGAGAGCCCAGCGCCGAGCAUGGAGAGAAAAGAUGGGAUUGAUUAGCAUCAUCUUGGCCAUCAUGGCCAUUGUCGGUUUCUUGACGUUCGGCUUCACCGCUGCCGUUUGCAGUGCCCCUCCCGUGAGACUACGUGUGAACGAGGUCUCUGGCGGUUACAUGAUUUUCCACGGCGUAGCCUACAACCUGGCCAACUCUCACCACCCCCCGGCUGAGGGUAUUCCUUUGAGACAGGAUGGCCUCGGCGCCAACGUCCUUUUCGACCUUCCCCAGAAGCACUCAGGAGAAGACGGCAGCUUUCUUUUCCAAAAUGUCAAUGGCAACUGCAAGAACCUAAUCACCCUUGCCGAAGGCUCUGAUGUCCCAACUGAUCCCUCAGGCGACCUGGCUUGGUAUUUCCCGUGUACAACCUUCAGGCAAGAUGGGGGCUCGGAACCCAACUUGACUAUUCCGUAUUACCUUGGCUAUGCCUGCCACACCUCAGUCAAUGCCCGAAAUGCCUUCUAUGUCGACCUUCACGGCACGGCCGAUGUCUACUUUACUUGGGAUGACAUUAAAAACAGCUCCCGCAACCUGAUUGCUUAUUCCGGCAGCGUCCUGGACCUCAACCUUCUCAAUUGGUUCAACGAAAGCCAGGUCCAGAUCCCUGAUCGUUUCAAGGAGCUGCGAGACACUAGUUCCGACGUCAACAAGGCGAUCCGUGGUCGCGAUGUGACGCGAAUGUUCCAAUCUUCAGCCGACAAGAAGUAUAUGCAGUGCUUCCAAGACAUCAUCAAGGUUGGCUCCAUCGAUACCGAGACUGUUGGCUGUAUUGCCUCCAAGGUUGUGCUCUAUUGCGCUCUGGUCUUGAUUCUCUCGGUUGUCGGUGCCAGAUUCGCCCUGGCCCUUGUUUUCCAAUGGUUCAUCAGCCGCAAUUAUGCCGCCGCCAAGACGUCUCAAAGUUCUGACCGGAGAAAGCGUAACCGUCAGAUUGAAGAUUGGUCUGAGGACAUUUACCGUGCUCCUGUUAGGCUCCCGGGUGACGGCAGUACUGUUGUGACUUCGGAUAGGAGCAAGCGAGCAUCCUCUUUUCUUCCCACUACGUCCCGAUUCUCUGGUGUAUACGGGCCAGACCGAAGCUCCUCAUCCCGUCGUGUUCCCACAACCAUGGCCAGCCAAGGCGGCUCCAGCUCUCUAUAUCCACCUUCUCCGAUGUACAAGCAAGGCAAUGACAGCCGCGCGAGUUUCCUUCGGUCAGACCCGUUUGGCUCUGCGCCCAUUUCCGAAGGCCCCGGCCCCGCUGGCUUUAUUCACGAGGCCGUCGUGCCCCAGCCUCCUUCCGACUGGAUGCCCUUUGGAUUCCCUCUCGCACACACCAUGUGCCUGGUCACGGCCUACUCCGAGGGAGCUGAAGGUGUCCGAACUACCCUUGAUUCAAUUGCUACUACGGAUUACCCCAACAGCCACAAGGUUAUUGUCGUAAUCUGUGAUGGUAUCAUCAAGGGUGCGGGCGAGACUGUGUCUACCCCAGAUGUCUGCUUGAGUAUGAUGAAGGAUUUCUCUAUUCCUCGCGAGAUGGUGAAGCCGUUCUCGUACGUUGCGGUAGCGAGUGGAUCAAAACGACACAACAUGGCCAAGGUAUAUUGCGGGUUCUAUGACUAUGGGUCCUCGUCUCGAAUUCCAGCCGACAAACAACAGCGCGUGCCCAUGAUUACCAUUGUCAAGUGCGGAACCCCCGCUGAAGAAAAGGCAUCCAAACCCGGUAACCGAGGCAAGCGUGACAGUCAAAUCAUCCUCAUGUCGUUCCUCCAAAAGGUCAUGUUUGACGAGCGAAUGACGGAGCUCGAAUAUGAAAUGUUUAAUGGAUUAUGGAAAGUCACUGGCAUCUCGCCUGAUUACUAUGAAAUCAUUCUCAUGGUCGACGCCGAUACAAAGGUUUUCCCAGACAGUCUCACCCACAUGGUGUCUGCCAUGGUCAAGGAUCCGGAUAUCAUGGGUCUCUGUGGUGAGACCAAGAUUGCCAACAAACGAGCCAGUUGGGUGUCGGCUAUUCAGGUGUUUGAGUACUUCAUCUCUCACCAUCUCGCUAAAUCGUUUGAGUCUGUCUUUGGUGGUGUCACCUGUUUGCCCGGAUGUUUCUGCAUGUACCGCAUCAAAGCACCAAAGGGAGGACAAAACUACUGGGUGCCGAUUCUGGCCAAUCCUGACAUUGUGGAGCACUAUUCUGAAAACGUCGUUGAGACUCUUCAUGAGAAGAACCUCUAUCUUCUCGGCGAGGAUCGUUACCUGACCACGCUCAUGUUGCGAACCUUCCCCAAGAGAAAGCAGGUCUUUGUUCCCCAGGCUGUCUGCAAGACCACGGUUCCAGAUGAGUUUAUGGUUCUGCUGUCCCAACGACGUCGCUGGAUCAACUCGACCAUUCACAAUCUUAUGGAACUGGUUCUUGUCCGCGAUCUCUGUGGAACUUUUUGCUUUAGUAUGCAGUUUGUCGUUUUCGUCGAGCUUAUCGGUACUCUUGUGCUUCCAGCAGCCAUUGCCUUCACCUUCUAUGUCGUCAUCACGUCUAUCAUCCACCAGCCACCCCAGAUCAUCCCGUUGGUGCUUCUGGGUCUCAUUCUUGGUCUUCCCGGUGUUCUCAUCAUUGUCACUGCGCACUCGUGGUCCUACGUCGUCUGGAUGUUCAUCUAUCUCUUGUCUCUCCCCGUCUGGAACUUUGUCCUCCCGGCCUAUGCUUUCUGGAAGUUUGAUGACUUCUCGUGGGGUGAAACCCGCAAGACAGACGGCGACAAGGGCAAGGGCGGCCAUGACGAGAGCAAGGGAGAGUUUGACAGCAGCAAGAUUACGAUGAAGAGAUGGGCCGAAUUCGAGCGCGACAAGCGUGUGAAGAGCGCUUAUUGGGGAUCGAGAGAAAACGUCGUUGGCGGCAACACCAAUAGCUGGGCUAUGCCUCCUCCUGGCCACCACAGCGAAGAGUACCUCUCUGACGCAUGA